GAACAAGAUACAUCUGUUGAAAACCAGUUGCCUCUUUACCUGUCAGGAAAUGGAUUGAAUCUUCUGUGUUGAAUGCCUCUGGAUUUCAUACUGGAUUUCACAUCUGGAAAAAUACUUCUGAUUUAAGCCACUCUGUGGCAGACUGAAUUGUAGAUCCAGGGUUCCUAAGACUUCAGAUCUUGAGGAGGCAACCACUGCUGAAUCACGUUAAUCUGACAUCGUAGCCACAAUGGUGCUGUCACAAAGGCAACGAGAUGAACUAAAUCGAGCAAUAGCAGAUUACCUUCGAUCUAAUGGCUAUGAAGAGGCAUAUUCGGUUUUUAAAAAGGAAGCUGAGUUAGAUGUGAAUGAAGAGUUAGAUAAGAAGUAUGCUGGACUUCUGGAAAAAAAAUGGACAUCUGUUAUAAGAUUGCAAAAGAAGGUAAUGGAAUUAGAAUCGAAGCUGAAUGAAGCUAAGGAAGAAUUUACAUCAGGUGGACCUCUUGGUCAGAAGCGAGACCCUAAAGAGUGGAUUCCUCGUCCUCCAGAGAAGUAUGCGUUGAGUGGACAUAGGAGUCCUGUCACUCGAGUAAUUUUCCAUCCGGUUUUCAGUGUUAUGGUCUCUGCUUCAGAGGAUGCCACAAUAAAGGUGUGGGAUUAUGAGACAGGAGACUUUGAACGAACCCUUAAGGGGCAUACAGACUCUGUGCAAGAUAUUUCCUUUGACCACACUGGCAAACUAUUGGCCUCCUGUUCUGCUGAUAUGACCAUUAAGCUAUGGGAUUUCCAGGGCUUUGAGUGCAUCAGAACUAUGCAUGGUCAUGAUCAUAAUGUUUCUUCAGUAGCCAUCAUGCCCAAUGGAGAUCAUAUAGUUUCUGCUUCAAGGGAUAAAACUAUCAAAAUGUGGGAAGUCCAAACAGGUUACUGUGUGAAGACUUUCACGGGUCACAGAGAAUGGGUGCGCAUGGUGCGGCCUAACCAGGAUGGCACCUUAAUUGCCAGUUGUUCUAAUGACCAGACAGUGCGUGUUUGGGUGGUAGCGACAAAGGAAUGCAAAGCUGAGCUCCGAGAACAUGAGCACGUGGUAGAAUGCAUUUCCUGGGCUCCCGAGAGCUCGUACUCCACCAUAUCAGAAGCUACGGGAUCAGAGACUAAGAAGAGUGGCAAGCCUGGGCCUUUUCUGCUGUCUGGAUCCAGAGACAAGACCAUUAAGAUGUGGGACAUUAGCACUGGCAUGUGCCUUAUGACACUUGUGGGCCAUGAUAACUGGGUACGUGGCGUUCUGUUCCAUUCUGGGGGAAAAUUUAUUUUGAGCUGUGCUGAUGACAAGACUCUACGUGUCUGGGACUUCAAGAACAAACGAUGCAUGAAAACCCUCAAUGCGCACGAACACUUUGUUACCUCUUUGGAUUUCCACAAGACGGCACCGUAUGUGGUUACUGGAAGUGUAGAUCAAACAGUAAAAGUGUGGGAGUGCCGUUGAUUGAAUUCACAUUUGACCCCUUUUUCCUCUGGAUGCACUCAGAUACCAUGGUUACCCAUUGAGCUCUGUUUAAAUAAAUAUUGUCCUUUCAUGUAAAUUAUUCUGGAUGUAGAUUGAGCUUAUUAAAUGUUACACACAAAGUAUUCAUGCAUGGUGAAUCCAAAUUGUAUACUGUAAAUUUACAUACGUUGUCUAGAGUACCAUAGGUUUAAGAACAUGGGCUGGCAUUGGUCACAUCAGACCUAAGAAGGCAGAAGUUGGAUAAUUGAAAUAGGGCACUUAACUGAAUAGUUGACAGUGUCGUUCUAUGUCGGAUAAUUAUACCUGUUUUUCUUUCUGCUGUCUGUUGGUGCCUGAACUGGUGACCUCAUUUGGGAAAAGUUUUGUAGGGCUCUUUCAGAAAUGUGUAUCUAUGUAACAUCACUUAAGUGUGCUUAAUAAAUCUUCUCUAAGAAUACUA